UUCCAAAAAUUUGGCCUUUCUCUCACACAUCUCGCUACCACCUCUCUCCAUCUCCAAUGGCGGCCGCCACCACCACCUCCCCUUCCUCCUCCUCGGCCUCCUACAAACCCUAACCCUAGAUAGUUAUCGCCACUUCCUCCCCGCAUCUAUGGCUGUUCUCCUUGCGUUCGUUCUCCUUCUGCUUUCCGGGGGCGCCGCCGGCGACGACGUGGCGGCGCUGCUCGAAUUCAAGAAGGGCAUCGCGGACCGGGACCGGGACCCCGUGCUGGGGUCCUGGUCCCCGCCGGCGACCACCGAGGCCGGCAACGGCGCCGGGGGCUGCCCCGCCGCGUGGCGCGGCGUGGUGUGCGACGGCGGCGCGGUCGUCGGCGUCAUGCUCGACGGCCUCGGCCUCUCCGGGGAGCUUAAGCUGGGGACGCUCGCUGGUAUGCGCGCGCUCCAGAACCUCUCCCUCGCCAGGAACGCCUUCUCCGGCCGCCUGCCGCCCGGCAUCGGCUCCUUAUCCUCGCUGCGCCACCUCGACCUCUCCGGGAACCGCUUCUACGGGCCCAUGCCGGGCCGCCUCGCCGAUCUCUCCGGCCUCGUCCACCUCAACCUCUCCCACAACAACUUCUCCUCCGGCUUCCCCACCGACGGGAUCCGGCAGCUGCAGAACCUGCGCCGCAUCGACGUCCGCAACAACUCCUUCUGGGGCAAUGCCGGGGAUCUGCUCACUGAGCUCCGCAAUGCCGAGUACAUCGAUCUGAGCGACAACCUCUUCACCGGCAGCGUCGAUUUGGAGCUGGACAAGCUGACCAGCAUCGGGAACACGGUCAAGUAUCUCAACGUCAGCCAGAACAAGCUGGGCGGUGGCUUCUUCCGGAAUGAGACAGUGGGGGCGUUCAAGAACUUGGCGGUCCUUGAUUUGAGCAACAAUGGGCUUGGUGGGACAGUGCCCAGGCUCGAUGCGUGGUUUUCGCUGGAGAUUUUCAGGGUUGCCGGCAAUGGGCUGUUUGGGAUGAUGCCCGAGGCACUUCUCCAGAAUUCGAUGCGUCUCGUCGAGGUUGAUCUCAGCAGGAAUGGCUUCUCAGGGUCACUGCCUAUCGUGAACUCUACAACUUUGAAGGUGUUGAAUCUCUCCUCCAAUGUUCUAUCAGGAUCAUUGCCAGCCACUGUUGGCAAGUGUACCUCAGUUGAUCUUAGCGGAAACCUAUUUUCUGGGGAGCUAGCUAUAUUGCGUUCCUGGGAUGGGAUUGUCGAGGUUAUUGACUUGAGUUCGAACAAAUUGGAGGGAAGCUACCCAAAUGACGCCGCCCAGUUUCAGAAUCUAGUCUCAUUGAAGUUGCGGAACAAUUCAUUGUCUGGGUCUCUCCCUUCCGUUUUGGGAACCUAUCAAAAGCUCUCUGUCCUCGAUCUCAGUCUGAAUGCACUUGGGGGAUCUGUUUUGCCUACUUUCUUCAUGUCACCAGCUUUGACAGUGUUAAAUCUUUCUGGAAACAGAUUUACUGGAACUAUUCCAUUGCAGAGCACCCAUUCAACGGAAUCAAUACUUCUCUCAUCUCAACCUGCUCUCAAGAUUGUUGAUCUGUCCAGUAAUUCUUUGAAUGGACCAUUGCCACCAGAUAUCUCCAACUUGCAAAAACUUGAGUUUCUUAUUCUUGCAAUGAAUGAAUUAUCUGGGGAGAUACCCAGUGAGAUAAGCAAGCUUCAAGCUCUGGAGUAUCUUGACUUAUCACACAAUCACCUCACAGGCAGAAUUCCGGAUAUGCCUCAAAAUGGUCUUAAGCUAUUCAAUGUAUCUUACAAUAAUUUACAAGGAUCUGUUCCUAAAAGUGUUGAAAAGUUCCCUUUAUCUUGCUUCCGACCUGGAAAUGACUUGUUAGUUUUCCCAGAUGGUCUGCCUGCUGGAAAUGAUGAUUACACUGGAGUUGCUCAGAGCCGAACAUCUCACGGGCAUAAGGCAGGUGUUCGAGUUGCUCUUAUUGUUGGCUGCAUUGGAGCAAUCUUGCUAGUGAUCUUCAUAGCCUUAGCACUCUAUGUGGUCAGGUCUCAAGAGCUUUGUGGAAGAAAUGGAUUUAGAGGUCAGAUUACCAUCAGGGAUCUAAAGGGGAGAAUAAGCCGUCCGAAUCUGUUCAAGUCGCCCAAAGAUAAUGUUAUACCAAGUAAAACAAGUUUCUCAAAUGAUCAUCUCUUAACGGCUGCAGCUAGAUCUAUGUCUGCCCAGAAAGAGUUAUUGGCUGAAGCUGCUGUGGAAUAUGGUUACACCGAUCCAAAGGAGGUUGCUGAAUCCACAAGCACAGGUGUCGCUGAGACUUCUGCUGCAGUCCAGGUUCGAGAGUCUUCUCCACGGGCUGCAUUGCCAACAUCACCACACUUUGCUGACUCCAGAUUCCAUGAGGAACCUGUAGCUUUUGAAGUAUACUCACCAGAUCGGUUGGUUGGAGAAUUGAUUUUCAUGGACAGCACUUUGGUUUUCACAGCUGAGGACCUCUCACGCGCACCAGCAGAGGUUCUUGGAAGGAGCAGUCAUGGAACAACAUACAAGGCUGUUCUACAAAGUGGGCAUGUCCUGACUGUGAAAUGGCUGCGUGUUGGUCUUGUGAAGCAUAAAAAAGAGUUCACUAAGGAGGUAAAGAGGAUUGGCACUAUCAGACAUCCAAAUAUAGUUUCAUGGAGAGCUUUCUAUUGGGGUCCUAAGGAGCAAGAGAGAUUAAUUAUUUCUGACUACGUCAAUGGAGAUAGCUUGGCACUUUACCUCUAUGAGUCAACUCCCAGAAGAUACUCCCGUCUGUCAGUUUCUCAGCGGCUCAGAAUCGCCAUUGACCUAGCUCGCUGCCUUCAGUUCCUACACCAUGAGAAGGGCCUGCCUCAUGGCAAUCUGAAGCCAACUAAUAUAUUCUUGACUGGUCCUGACCUGUCUCCUAAGCUGGUGGAUUAUGGUCUACAUAGGUUCAUGACUCCAAGCGGCACUGCUGAGCAAAUACUGAAUUUAGGAGCACUAGGUUACCGAGCCCCAGAACUGGCAAAUGCAGCCAAGCCUACUCCAUCGUUUAAGUCUGAUGUGUAUGCAUUCGGGGUGAUUGUCAUGGAGAUGUUGACGCGGAAGAGUGCAGGAGACAUCAUCUCAGGCCAAUCUGGUGCUGUUGAUCUAACUGACUGGGUUCAGAUGUGCAACAGGGAAGGGCGGGGAACUGACUGCUUUGACCGGGACAUCACGGGCUUGGAAGAAUCCCCGAGGAUAAUGGACGAGCUGCUGGCGAUCUCGCUUAGGUGUAUCCUACCUGUAAAUGAGAGGCCUAACAUGAAGACGGUCUGCGAUGACCUGUGUUCCAUAACAGUGUGAGUUUCCCUUUGGUUUCCUUCCCCUGUGUACAUGUAACCGAUUUUCCGUCUCAGUUCGUCCCGAUUUUUUCCGUGGGUUUUCCAGAGCCUUGUAGCCAGGGUUUGUUUGAUUGGUAACUGCUAGUGUAAAGAGGAUUCGAUCCACCCAUUGAUUGAUUGAUAUCAACCAUUGCCGUCUUUCUUCAUGAGUU